GUCCCCAAUUUCCCUGCUACGAGUCCAAAAUUCGCACUCUUGAGAGAAAACAACCAGACUUUGGAGAGAGAUACGGAAAAAUUUUAUAGCUAGGACCAGAAUUUUAGAGCCUGAAACACUGGUACGCGAGAGAGAAGCACAGAACGAGAGUGAGACUGUGGGGAGAGAGUUUCGGCAUUAAUGGCUGAGGGGAAGGAGGAGAGUAAAUCUAGCGAGGAGAGUGUCAAAUUGUUCGUGGGUCAAGUGCCCAAGCAUAUGACGGAGGCCGAGCUUCUUACAAUGUUCAAGGAGUUCGCUCUGGUGGACGAGGUCAACAUCAUCAAGGACAAGGUCACUCGGUCCUCUCGAGGUUGUUGCUUCGUGAUUUGUCCGUCGAGGCAAGAGGCAGACAAGGCGGUCAAUGCGUGUCAUAACAAGAAGACGCUACCUGGGGCAUCGAGUCCGUUGCAAGUGAAGUAUGCGGAUGGCGAGUUGGAAAGACUAGAACACAAACUUUUUAUUGGCAUGCUUCCAAAGAAUGUUUCUGAGGCUGAAGUCUCCGCUCUUUUCUCCAAUUAUGGAACCAUAAAGGAUUUACAGAUUUUGAGAGGUUCUCAGCAAACAAGUAAAGGCUGUGCGUUUUUGAAGUAUGAAACCAAAGAACAGGCCCUUGCUGCUCUGGACGCAAUCAAUGGAAAAUACAAGAUGGAGGGUUCAAGUGUUCCUUUGGUGGUCAAAUGGGCAGAUACAGAAAAGGAAAGACAAGCUCGGAGGGCUCAGAAAGCACAGUCCCAAGCUUCUAAUGUGCCACAUAAUGACUCUCAGCAUCAGUCAUUGUUUGGAGCCUUGCCAAUGGGUUAUGUUCCACAAUACAAUGGAUAUGGCUAUCAGGCUGCUGGGGGUUAUGGGCUCAUGCCAUACCGCUUGCCACCAUUGCAGAAUCAACCUGGUUACCAUAAUAUGAUGCCUCACAUGAAUCAAGGAAAUGCAUUGGGACCUGAACUUGGUCCCAAUAUGAACCCUAGAAAUUAUUCUGUGCCUCCUGGAAGUUACUAUGGUUCUUAUCCUGCAGUUCCAGGUAUGCAGCAUCCAAUGGCAUAUCCUGGAGGAGUGAUAAGUCCUAGGCCUGUGAGUAGCUCUCCCGGUUCGGUUUCACCAGCAGGUGGAAGUAGCAACUCUGCCACAUCUUCAGGUGCCAAUAAGAAUUCUAGUCAGGUUGAAGGACCACCUGGUGCCAAUCUCUUUAUUUAUCACAUACCUCCUGAAUAUGGAGAUCAAGAGCUGGCAAAUGCGUUUCAGCCUUUUGGUAGGGUUUUGAGUGCCAAAGUGUUUGUUGAUAAAGCAACUGGUGUAAGCAAAUGUUUUGGGUUUGUAAGUUAUGACUCUCCAGAAGCAGCACAAGCCGCCAUUAAUAUGAUGAAUGGAUUUCAGUUAAGUGGUAAGAAAUUAAAGGUUCAGCUUAAGAGGGACAACAAGCAGAAUAAGCCUUACUGAUGCAAAACAUUGUAGAAUCCACAUUGUAAUUCAUGAUCCAUCUGAUGUUUAUACGAUUUGUAAUUUCUGUAACAUGAAAGUUCAUUUAGACAUUGAUUAUUAAUUGAUUGAUUUUUCCCUCCA